AUUACACCACACAGCAUUUUUAGCAUUUUCAAAUCGGCCAUCGACCAGGAGCAUGAACAAUCAACCGCUUCCAGCGCUCGAGUUUGUCAAGACCGGAUUCCUCUUCAAGCGCGGGGCGGGCGGUCUCUUUGGGCGCAAGAAUUGGAAGCCGCGCUACUUUGAGCUCACCGACUCGACCUUGCGCUACUACAGCUACCAAAAGGGCAAGAAGAAGGGCGAGCUGCGUCUGGACGGCAUCGGACGCGACGCGAUCGAGGUCAUGCCGGCCGACUCCAAGAAGACGGGGACGUCCAAGUCGACGAUUUGGCGCAUUGCGAUCCAGACGCCCAAGCGUCGACUGCUCCUCGCUGCAUCGACCGAGUACGAGAUGAACGAAUGGAUUUACGCGCUAUCGCGCGUUGUAAAGGGCGGCGUCAAGCACCGGCACUCGGACAUGACCAACUACAACCCGAGCAAGCGGGCGGACAUUGGCGCGCGCGCCGAAUCCUUCUAGCACGCGCAC